AUGGUCGACAUCCUCCCCCUUUCGUCCUUCCCCUCGUACAUGAMCCUCCUCCCCGCCGUACAAACAUGCAACAUCACCAACUUACCCGAAAACUACUUUCUCAAAUACUACCUCUACCACGCCCUCACAUGGCCGCAACUCAGCUUCGUGGCCGUCGUGCGACCGCGAACCUCCAAAACCGGUGCUCGGCAGGUGGACUAUGACUACCCCAAAGUCGUGGGGUAUGUACUUGCGAAAAUGGAGGAGGAGCCGUCCGAUGGGGUUGCGCAUGGUCAUAUUACGAGUUUGAGUGUGAUGAGGACGCAUAGACGGCUGGGUAUUGCGGAGAGGUUGAUGAGGAUGAGUCAACGAGCAAUGGCCGAGUCCCACCGCGCACAUUACGUCUCUCUACACGUGCGAGUUUCCAACACAGCUGCCCUACACUUAUACAGGGAUACACUGGGCUUUGAAGUGGAGAAGAUUGAAAGCAAAUACUACGCCGACGACGAGGAUGCGUAUGCCAUGCGUCACGAUCUCACGCCGCUGUGGCUCGAUUGGUCCGAAGACACCACUGAAGAGAAAAAAGCAGUCGAAGAAGGGGAUGAAAAUGCCGAUGAGGGUGAAGCUGUAGGUGAUCUCGGCGCAAAAGAAAAGGAGAAGAAGAUCCGGGUCAAGGUUGGGAGGGGUCUCGGGGUGGGAGAUUUGGUGGAAAGGAAUGAGGCGGCGGGUCGGUAA